GCGCCCCAACAGGCAGUAAAUACGUCACUGGUGCGCGCCCUGAGUCUUCCUUUCUCUCGUCCUAAAGAUGGCGGCAGGGACUCUGUACACGUAUCCAGAGAACUGGAGAGCCUUCAAGGCUCAGAUUGCAGCCCAGUACAGCGGUGCCCGCCUCAAGGUGGCCAGCAGCGCCCCCGCCUUCACCUUCGGGCAGACGAACCGUACCCCCGCCUUCCUCAACAACUUCCCCUUGGGCAAGGUUCCAGCUUUUCAAGGCGAUGACGGCUUCUGUCUAUUCGAGAGUAAUGCCAUUGCUCACUACCUGAGCAAUGAGGCCCUGCGUGGCAGCAGUCCCCAGACCCAGUCCCAGGUGCUUCAGUGGGUAAGCUUUGCUGAUGCUGAAAUCAUCCCUCCAGCCUCUGCGUGGGUCUUCCCAACCUUGGGAAUCAUGCAGUUCAACAAGCAGGCAACAGAGCAGGCCAAGGAGGAGGUGAAGAAGGUUCUGUCUGUCCUCGACCAUCACCUCAACACCAGGACCUUCCUGGUUGGAGAGCGAGUCAGCCUAGCUGAUAUCAGCGUGGCCUGUAGCAUGAUCUGGCUCUUUAAACAGGUCCUUGAGCCUUCCUUCCGCCAACCUUUCCCCAACGUGACCCGUUGGUUCCAGACCUGCGUCAACCAGCCCCAGUUCAAGACCGUGCUCGGAGAGGUCAAGCUCUGCGACAAGAUGGCCCAGUUUGAUCCCAAGAAGUUCUCUGACAUGCAGCCCAAGAAGGACAGCCUUCCCAAGAAAGACGCCCCUCCCAAGAAAGAGAAGGCUGGAAAGGAGGCAGGCAAACCUCAGGAGAAGAAAGAUAAGAAGAAGAAGGAAGAGAAGGAAGCUGCCCCUGCCGAGGAGGAAAUGGACGAGUGUGAAGCAGCUCUGGCUUCAGAACCCAAAACAAAGGACCCUUUCGCUCACCUACCAAAGAGUGCGUUUGUCAUGGACGAGUUCAAGAGGAAGUACUCUAACGAGGACACGCUGACUGUAGCCGUGCCCCACUUCUGGGAACACUUUGACAAGGAGGGCUACUCCAUCUGGUACGGCGAGUACAAAUUCCCCGAGGAGCUUACCAUGACCUUCAUGAGCUGCAACCUCAUCAUGGGAAUGUUCCAGCGACUUGACAAACUCCGCAAGAACGGCUUUGCCAGCGUGAUCCUGUUCGGCGGGAACAACGACAGUAGCAUUUCUGGAAUCUGGAUCUUCAGAGGACAGGACUUAGCUUUCACUUUGUCUGAUGACUGGCAGAUUGAUUAUGAGUCGUACGCCUGGCGCAAACUGGACCCCGACAGCGACGAAACCAAGACCAUGGUCAAGGAGUACUUUGCUUGGGAGGGAGAGUUCAAACACGUGGGAAAACCCUUUAACCAGGGCAAGUGCUUCAAGUGAGCAGCGUGGAGGAGGAUGGCACCAUGACCCCCUAUACGUCUGACGCUAUACAUCAACACCUUAACCUAAAGGACAUUCAAACACCUUAAAACUACACUUGGACCUUCUCAAACUGAUCUUCAGUUGGAGUGGAUUGUGUCUCAAUGGUCCUAACAGAAGCGGUUGUUUUGAGUUGACAAAUAAACAUGUUUUCCACAA